AGAGGACUUCAUCGAAGGAUGAGCUGAUUGGCAUCAAGAAAAUCGGCCGUAGACAUGAUAGAGAAGGCCGGCACGCAUUCGUGAAAAGCAGAGCUUUCACAGCCUCACUUUUCAUUCAGGAAUGCAUCGCUCUAGCAUUGCGUGGGCUCGUCGCACACAGUAAGAUGACGGCCAAAGCAGCAAAAGCACAGCAGAGCACGAUGUCGCUCGCUGCAGAUUCUGUCCCUAUUUCGAAAGAACCCUCUUCAGCGUCCGCUAGCACAUCUCAUUCUGAGCUGGACCAAAGCAGCAAGCUUCCUGGCUCCAAAACAGGUCGCUUGAAACUGCGCUGGCUUUUAGCAGGCGGAUCAGCGUUCGUUAUCGUCCUAGCGCUGGCACUCGGCCUAGGCAUCGGCCUAGGCCUUCGCAAUUAUCGCUCCAACGGCAAUGCUUCCCUAUUGUCUGGCAACAGCGUGACAGCCAACUACAACGGCAAGCCACUGCCAUUUAUUCCACGUCGCCAACUCGUCGACCCAUCGCAAUUUGUGCUUGAUGCGUCUUUCGACCGGCAUGCACCGCCUACGGUACGCACGUACAACUGGACGAUCUCUCGCGUGCUUUCCGACCCUGCGGGCGUGCAGAAACCCAUGCUCACGGUGAAUCAAAUGUCGCCCGGCCCGACCAUCGAAGCCAACCUGGGAGACACGAUCCUUGUCUACGUGAAGAACGAGCUCGGAAAUGCGACGACGUCCAUCCACUGGCACGGGGCACUGCAAAACGGAACGAACUUCAUGGACGGCACGAUUGGCGUCUCUGAAUGCGGCAUCGCGCCCGGUGAGACAAAGCUAUACAACUGGACGGCGCAGAACCAGAUGACUAGUUGGUGGCACGCCCAUGCCGCGGGACAGUACACGGAUGGUAUUUUUGGCGCGUUGGUUCUGCAUUCGCCCAACGAGACAUACUCAUUCAAGCAUGCUGGCAGCGUCUCUAGCAGCGGCUCGGGCGUAACAGGCGCCUCAUUAGCAACAAAAAACAGCACGUACGAUGGCGAUAUCAUCGUCAUUGUUAAUGACAUUUACCACAGCAUUUCCGCCCAAUGGAUCGCCACUUACUUCCAGCCCGGAAAUGCAGAUGGGACCUUCGAGGGUGCCGAACCUGUUCCAGACAGCGGACUUGUUGCAGGCUAUGGCAGAGGGACCUGCUUGGGUUUACCGCCUGGCACGCCGUGUGAUGGCGGACAAUAUGCCAACUUCACAUUUGAGCCCAACAAGCGCUACCGUCUGCGUGUCAUCAACACUGGUUCGAUCGCCACGAUCAAUUUUUCCAUCGAUGGCCACGUCAUGACGCUCAUCGAGGCCGAUGGCACCGAGGUACAGCCGCAGAAAAUUACUGACGUGGACGUUAUGGUCGCUCAGCGGUACUCGGUGCUGAUCGACACUAAUCAGCCAGCUGGAGUGUUCUACAUGCGCGGGAAACUUACGGACGACAUGCUUUCAUACAAAAAUCCUGCACUCAACCAAGACCAGAGAGCUGUCAUGCGCUACAGCAAUGCUGCCGCUGAUGCCACACCGAGCGAGACGCUGCCAAUGAUCCCAGGUAACUACUCUAGCUUGGACGCGUCGACUCUCAGGCCGCUUCGAGCGAUAAAUCCGCCCAACCCGACACAGCUUACUUCGUUGACGGUCUCUUUCGGCAUCUCGCAGCAGAGCGAUUACCGGGCUUUCAUCAAUGGCACAUCUUGGGAGCCAGAGAUGGGCGGCAACUCUACACUCCUAGAGGCUUACAACGCGGCUGAGGUAAAUGCGGCGUUCGUACCGCCCAUCUCGCAGAUCGUUGCAAUGAGUGACAGCAUCGAGGUGCUUGAUAUCAUUCUUUCGAGCAACGACGAGGGCGAGCACCCUAUUCACCUGCAUGGCCACAUUCCGUGGAUCAUUGGCACUGGCAGUGGCACAUGGACACCUAGCAAGCUGGACCGGAAGCAGACGUUCAACAACCCCAUGCGCAGGGAUGUAUUCACAGUUCCUGCGUACGGCUGGGUCGCUGUGCGUAUCGUCACCGACAACCCGGGCCUCUGGCUAUUCCACUGCCAUAUUGUUGCUCACAUGGAAGCCGGCUUCGCUGCCCAGUUCCAAAUCCUACCUUCAAAGAUCAAGCAAUUCCCAGCCAUGCAAGUCGCAGAUGGCUGCGCCGCUGUGUCUGCUUUCUCGCAGAAGCGCUAGUUGAGCCCCUCCUUCCUAUUAGAGAACUCGCCACUCACACCGCCAUGGGCUCCACGUACCUCGAGCGUACUGGCACUCCUGUUUUCCUGCCAUUCGCGUUGACUGGGCUAUGUAUUUUAGGUAUAUUGAGAUGAUCGGAGCAAUAAUCAUGAC